GUUUCUCUGCUGCCAGGGAACGCCCCUUUCUCCCACUUCCUCAAACCGUCAGUUUAUAUCAAGCAGCGUAGUUGGUUCGUGGUUCUCUGCUGUGGGGCGAUAACAGCUGAACCAAAGGGAAACAACUAACUGAAGCUCAAAGGCGCAAAAAAAAGAUAUAUUCUUGUUCAGAUCUGUCCACCCAGCUGUUUCCUCGCUCCAUUAUGUGUGAAAAUAGUGCAUUGGAAUCAGACGGCUGUGCCGAUUUCUCACGGUUACAAAGCCGCAUGGAAUCCUUCCGGGGCUCCACUCUGGCUCAGCAGGUACCACCAGAACGACUAGCAAGGGCUGGUUUCUUCUUCACUGGCAAUGCAGACCGCGUCCAGUGCUUCAGCUGCAACAGGACUGUGGAGAAUUGGCAUACAGGAGACACACCUGUACAAAGGCACAAGGAGAUUUCUCCAUCCUGUACAUUCCUCAUGUGCUGCCACGGAAACAACUUGAACCCAAGAUAUGGUUCCCCCAUCAUCAAUGGUUCCAUCUACGACGAAGCUGCAGAAGACAUGCAGUAUCGCUUGUCUACUGGAGAAGUAGUUGAUGAGACCCUCUACCCCAAGGCCCCCCACAUGAAGAGCGAAGAAGCUCGUCUCCAGACCUUCUCUCCCUCUUGGCCCUCUAAUUCACCCGUAACACCCAGAGAUCUGGCUCAGGCUGGCUUCUUCUACCUGGGAUGUGACGACCGGGUGCAGUGUUUCUGCUGUGGGUUAAAACUGAACGGCUGGGAAAAUGGAGACAACCCGUGGGGUGAACACACCAAACACAACCCCAACUGCUUUUUCAUCCUCGGCCAUGACGUAGGAAACGUCCCGCUCCUGGACGAUGCGUCGGAGGGGAGCAGCAGCCAAGACAUGAUGGAGGAUGGAAAUAUGGAGACUUUUGAGGGAAGACUCGGUAGCUUUGUGGGCGUUCAGCACCCUGUGAACCCUGAGAGGCUGGCAAGAGCUGGUUUCUACAGCACAGGACAAGGAGACAAGGUGUUGUGUUUCCGCUGUGGUGGCGGUUUAAAAGAUUGGGCGCCAGAGGAAGACCCCUGGGUAGAACACGCUCUGAACUACCCAGGAUGCACCUUUCUGCUGGAAGAAAAGGGAAGAGAAUUUGUCAACAGCAUUCAGCUACGAUGUCCCAGAGAAACCGCUGCUGCUCCAAGUCAGGAAAAUGGAUUUACAGCCUGUGAAGAAGAAGAGGACCCAAUGGAGAAGCUGAGGAAGCUGCAGAGGGAAAAACAGUGUAAAAUCUGCAUGGAUAGAGAUAUUUGCAUCGUCUUCCUGCCAUGCGGUCAUCUGGUCAGCUGCAAGCAGUGCUCCGAGUCACUCGUCAAAUGUCCAAUCUGCUGUGGAGCCAUUGCACAAAAAAUCAAAACCUACAUUGCUUAAGGGAAAAUAGAACCCGUUCUUUAACAUAAAUGCUGCUUUGUUUUUGUUUUUUUUUCUUCUGACCUCUGCAACAUGGUGGAGAGAGAGAAAGGUAACACUAUGGCCUCCCUAUAGGGCUGUUCUAGAUUUUAUUCAGAAUAAACUGACAUUCAUGCUAGGAUUAUUUGACAAUAUGACCGAUUGUGACGUUUAUUAAACUACCAGGUAUAUCCUGCCUUCUUUCCACUGAUAAACUAUGUUUAAACAUAUUGAUUAUAGAUAAGCGAGGUUGUAAAAUAUAGUUGUAAUUUAAUAAUGCAUGUAUAUCAGAUAACCUGUGAUAUAGUUGUAAAUGUAUUUUAAUCAAUCAGAUACUUAUUUUUACAAACACUUAAAUGGUAAGUAGCUGUUUUCUUGAUAUUUUAUGUAACCAGAGUUUUUGUUUUGCUUUAUUAGGGCUACUUGUAAAUAAAAAUUUUAGACAAAUCCAUAUUUUCAGUAAGAUUUCCCUUUCUUUACGUUAGCGUUUGAUCUAGUCAUGGUAAAUCUAAUCAUUUUUAAAAGAACUGAAGGGGUUCAUUCCUCAUGCCUAAUGCACUUGAUGCAAAUGGAAUAUUGUCACUCUUAAUGUGCAAAAUAUUGUGUAAAUAAAUACAAUCUCUAAUUUAUUCAGA